AUGGACACCUGGAACUUGGAAAUUCUCGAUAUUCAUUCGAACUCGCGCUAUGUAGAAGAUUAUUUGGAGCGUUUUGAGAUUUGGUGUCUCACCCGCAAAAGUCUGGACGCCGAGAAGAAGACAGCACAUUUUCUGUCAGCUGUUUGGAAGGAAGCUUAUGUGCUGAUUAAACAUUUGGCAUUCCCAGAGUCACCAAUACAACUGAAGUAUGAAGAACUCAAGGAUCUGUUACUAAAACACUUCCAGUCAGUCAACUUCGAAGCAACUGAGCGAGCAAAAUUCCAUUGCCUUGCUUGUGAUCCUAAUCAGUCUGUCCGAGACUUCAUUCUUCAGUUGCAGACUCAAGCUGCACACUGUAAUUUCAAAAAUCAGCUUCAAACUCAGCUCCGUAAUAAACUCAUUGCUGGAAUUAACUGUUCUGAGCUACAGCAGCAGUUAUUGUUGAUUCCAAACUGUACAUUUCAAACUGUAAAGGUGAUCUGUGAAAAAUAUCAGGAUGUAAGUGUGGCUGCACGUGAGGAGCCGAAAGUAUUGUUCAGUCACAAUCGUGGGUCAGCGCUUGAAGCUCAACAGACGCGGCAGUUCAAAAGUGUCAACACAAAGCUUUAA